CUCAACAUCACCAAAAAAAAAAAAAGCGCAGAGGAGAGAUUUCUGGAGUCGCGAGCUGAAUUGGUUUCUAAAUAUUCAACUGGAACAGAAGCUGUGCAAUGGGGCCCUUACUAUGGGAAGGGCGCCUGUCAUGUUUUCUUCUCCAUGCUUCUGUUCUCCUGCUGCUCAGCAACGGGGAGCGGAUGUGCCCAGGGAGUUGCCGCUGCGAGGGCAAGAUUGUUUACUGUGAGUCUGGCGCCUUUCAAGACGUCCCAGAGAACAUCUCCCUGGGGUGCCAGGGUCUAUCCCUGCGGUACAACAGCCUCCUGGAGUUGCUACCCUAUCAAUUUGCUCACCUCAACCAGCUGGUGUGGCUCUACCUGGACCACAAUUCCAUCAGUAUAGUGGAAAGACUGGCCUUCCAGGGGCUUCGUCGGCUAAAGGAACUAAUUUUGAGCUCUAACAAGAUCAUGCAGUUGCAAAACAACACCUUUGAGACUGUUCCAAACUUGCGAAACCUCGACCUGUCCUACAAUCAGUUGCAGGACUUGAGGCCGGGGCAUUUUCACGGGCUUCGCAAACUUCAGAACCUUCACCUCCGAUCCAACAAUAUCAAAAGCAUUCCUGUCCGUACCUUUAUGGAAUGUAGGAGCCUUGAGUUUCUAGAUUUGGGUUACAAUCGUCUACGGACCAUAACUCGUACGACCUUUCUGGGACUGCUCAGGGUGACUGAAUUGCACCUUGAACACAAUCAAUUUUCCCGGAUUAACUUUUUCCUUUUUCCACGCCUCUUAAACCUCCAGGCUCUUUAUCUGCAAUGGAAUCGCAUACGUUCAAUUGUCCAGGGAUCACCUUGGACUUGGCACACCUUGCAGAAAUUGGAUCUAUCAGGCAAUGAGAUUCAAGUUUUAGAUCCUGCCAUUUUUAGGUGCUUGCCCAACUUGCACACUCUCAAUUUAGAGUCUAACAAGAUCAGCAAUGUGUCCCAGGAAGUGGUAUCAUCAUGGAUCUCCAUUAGCACAAUCAACCUGGCAGGAAAUGUAUGGGACUGCAGCUCAAGUAUCUGCCCUCUGGUGUCUUGGCUGAGAAACUUCAGGGGUACAAGAGAUGCCAGCAUUAUAUGCAGCACUCCUAAAUCCCUUCAGGGAGAAAAAGUCAUGGACACUGUCAAGAACAAAUCAGUAUGCGAGGAGAUAUUCACUGUGGAACCAACCGCAGAUCUAACUUUUCUUUUGACUACCACUAUGACAACUCUCUAUGUGACAAUGCCACCUACAACAACCUCUACAACAACCCCAUCCACCACAAUUAGACAACUUUCCCAAGUCACCCAAGUACAAAGACACACCCCGAAGAUUUUAUUCACCGAUCAGUUCGACAAAGAAUUACUCCCACCCAUUCCAACACCCAGCCGCUUACCGUUCACUCCAGAACCAGAGUUUGAGCACAUGACCUUCCACAAGAUCAUCGCCGGCAGCGUUGCACUAUUCCUCUCGGUGUCAUUGAUCCUGUUGGUGAUUUAUGUGUCGUGGCGUCGCUACCCCAACAGCAUGAGCCAACUCCAACAGCACUCCAUCCGACGCAAAUGCAGGAAAAAGACUCAAGAGCCCGAGCACAACAUCAACUCCCAACUUCAAGAGUAUUAUCUGAGCUACAACCAUGCCAAUGCAGAGACCAUGGACUCUUUGGUUAACGGGGCAUGCACCUGCACCAUCUCGGGCUCCAGAGAGUGCGAGGUAUGACCUACCGCUAACAAAACGCAUUCUCUGCACCGGGGAGUCAGAGAAUGCAUUCACAUUCCCCCGACCGCUACCAGGGGCCUGGCUGGGAGACAUACCUACAAUUCACUGAGGACCAGCUUAAAUAAAGGCCUUCCUGG